GGCCGGCCCGGGGCGGGGCGGGGAGCGGCGGCGCUCGGCCAUGGGGCGCCCGGUGCUGCUCGCCGCUGCCGCCGUGCUGCUGCUGCUGCCACCGUCCAGGACAGGGGCCGCCGUGACCCGCCUCCGGGUCUCCGCCAACUUCGAGUGCCGGGCCACCGCCGACAGGACGCUGAGCCGCCCCCGCUGCCGCCGCCCUACCCGCCCCGUGCCGCCGCUGGAGCCGCCCGCCCUGUCGCUGAGCCCUGCCCGGCUGUGCCUUCCCGCGCAGCCCUGCCAGCCCUGCCUGCGGGUGCGCCUGGCCCUCCCCACCUCAGGUACGGGCGGGGUUGGCGAGGCCGGGCAUCCCCGCGGCAGGGGACACACAGCCAGUUCCCCCACCCAUGUCAGCACCCCACGCCGGUUUCUCGCAGAGCUCGGCGGUGUCCGGGGACUGCAGCUCACCUUCCUGGAGCUGGACUCCAACCGCGCUGGCUGGCUGCAGGUUUGGCAGCGACGCCGGGUGUUGGGCAGCUCAACGGUGAGUCUGCGGCGGGCAGUGGAGCGGGGCACACCAAGGCCCGGAGUCCCCCCGCUGACGCCCUGCUCCCCGCAGUGGCAGGUGCAGUUCGACUGCUUCCCGGCAGAGAGCGGGCGGCAAGUCCUCGUCUCCCUUCGCACCAUCCCAGAUCGGGGCUUGGCCCUAAGCUGCAGCCAUAUGGUCACCGCUGAGCCACCCGGGCCUGUCUUUACCCAUGCUUGGGUCCCUGAGGUGCGGGCUAUUGAGGUGUGGGUGCCCGCGGGUCCUGCCCUCAUGGUGCGGCUGUGCCACCAGCUGGCCCUGGAGUGUGAGGAGCUGCCCCGGCCCUUCCACCAGCAGGUGCUGGUGCCAGGAGGCCACCACAUCUCACUGCCGUAUGAGUUUCUGGUGCCCUGCCUGUGCAUUGAGGCCUCCUACUCCCACCAUGACAGCCCACGGAGCAAGCACUGCCCCUUCCGUGACCGGCCAGAUGCCUAUGGCCCCGAGCUGUGGUCCUCGGUGCACUUUCAUGACUACAGCACCAGCAGCAAGGACCAGAUGGCGAUGGUGCUGAGUGCCAGCUGCCCCCUGCACCCACAGGCCACCCUCUGCUGGAGGGAGGCAGCAGAUGAGGCUGCACCCUGUCACGACAUCCCCAAUUCCACAGCUAGUGAGGAUGAGCAGGUGUACAUACUGGACAAGGUGGACGUGCACCCCGAGCUCUGCUUCCGAUUCUCCUACAAGAACAGCAGCCAUGUGGAGUGUCCCCACCAGCCAGAGACUGCCUGGAAUGUCUCAGUGAGUGUCCGGGGGUUCCAGCUGCACCUGCACCUCACCUCCCGCAUCCCUGCAGCCUUCAGUGCAGCCCUGUGCCAGCGCCGGGGUGGGCAGUGUGAACCCGAGGCCCCACUCUACACUGUCACACAGACAGAGGGCUCUGCUCCAGGGGAGUUGGCGCUGCUGCUGCCAGUGCAGGUCCUGGGCAGCUGCGUGCUGGUGUGGCGCUCGGACGUGCAUUUUGCUCGGAAGCAGCUGCUCUGUCCUGAUGUCUCCCACAGGCACUUCGGGCUGCUGGGGCUGGUGCUGGCACUGGGACUGGUGGUGACUGUGCUGCUCCUCAACUGCCGUGGUGCCUGGAGGCCAAAUGAUGGUGUCUCUGGCAGGCGCCCCGUGCUGCUGCUGUACUCGCCAGACUCAGAGGAGCACCUGGGGCUGGUGUGUGCCCUGGCCCAGCGGCUGCGCACAGGGCUGGGCUGCGACGUGCGCCUGGACCUGUGGGAAGCAGGUGGCUUGGGUCAGGCGGGUGCCCUGCCUUGGCUCUAUGCCCAGCGGGGCCGCGUGGGCCGCCAGCGUGGCACUGUCCUCCUCCUCUGGAGCCGGGGCAGUGCCCGGCUCUUUCAUCAGUGGCAGGUCGGGAUUGCCGACGGGACGCCCGGGGAUGCCCAUGACAUUUUUGGGGCAGCCAUGGCCUGCCUGCAUGGGGAGCUGGGGGCGGCGGGCCGCGGCGGCGGGUGGGUCCUGGCAUACUUCAGCCGGCUCUGCAGCCCCCGCGAUGUCCCCCGCCCCCUUCGGCCACUGCCCACCUACCGCCUGCCCCGACAGCUGCCCGGUCUGCUGGGAGCCCUGCGGGGCAGCCCCCCGGCCCCUCGCCACUGCCGUUGGGGCAGGGCAGGGGGCCUCCUGCAUCGGCUGCUGGAGGUGGGGGCUAGGGAAGGCAGUCCCCCACCCCGGCCCCCCAGUGCAGCUUCUGGCACCUGAGUGCCCAGGCUGAGCCUGAGCUGGGCAUGGCUGCAGGGGGUGCAGGGCUGGACGCAGCCCCCCGGUGAGGGCAGGGGUUCUGCCAGGAAAAGGCAGGGCUCAGGUGAGCAUGUGCCCACUGCAGCAGCAGGAGGGGCAUCCAUUGGUGUCCCGGGAGGGGCUGCAGGGGUCCAAGCAGGACUGGCCUCAGUCAUGCAGUGUACUGCUGGGGCCAGAGUGAGCAUCCAGCUGUCAUCUGUGGCCAGGAGCAGAGAUGCUGUCCCAAGCAGGGGCAGCUUUAUUCCCAUACAGGGACCUGCUCCAGAGGAGAGCCCAUAGAAGCCCCUUUGGAUGCUGCAGCCAAGUGAGGAGUUGGGAUGGUGCAGGAAGAAGCUGAGAGAUGGGGAGGCUUCCUUCCCUGCCCAGGCACAGGUGGCUAGAGAGGCAGGUGCUGAGCACAGCCUGGCCCUGCUCUUUGCCUCGACAUUGCCAGCAGGACUUGAUAUGGGGGGGAAGCAAUAAAGGUGUCAUUUCACCCUG